UGAACAUGGCAACACUACGUGGUGAAUAUAGUGUUGCCAUUAACUAUAUAUAUAGUUAUAAUAUUAUCGAUCCUAGUCAAAAAAAGUGUGAAUUUUUGGGAAAUUGUGGCCAAAAUUGCGGGCAAAAAGCGUGAAAAAGUGGUGUACAAUGUUGUGUUUGGUGUGAAAUUGCGUUAGCAUUGUAAAUAGCACGCAGAAACAGAAGCUCGCGAUCGAGUGAGAGGACUUUUUGAGUAAUCCACAAAGCAAACAUUGACUCUUUCAUCACGGAGGACAUGGACACAUCUGAGGAAGCGAUCGAAAUGAUCGAGGAUGCGGCCAUCACGGGCGCCUCGGAUGAUGAUGACGGGAGCCCCAGUAGUCCCGAGAGCGCCUACGACGAUGGCAAAGAUCUCAUGAAUAUCGCCAUGGGGGACGAUGUUACAGCCCAACUGGCAGCUGCUGGACCAGUUGGAGUAGCCGCAGCGGCAGCCAUUGCUUCCGCAAAGAAAAAGAAGCGGCCACACUCUUUCGAGACGAAUCCCUCUAUCCGAAAGCGACAGCAGAAUCGUCUCCUGCGCAAACUGAGACAAACUAUUUUUGAGUUCGCCACGAGGGUAGGUCAACAAGCCAUUGUCCUGGUGGCGACACCUGGAAAACCAAAUACCAGCUACAAACACCUCCCCCUCGCCUUGAAGGUUUUCGGCGCUAAGCCGCUUGAGGAUGUAGUGAAAAACCUCAAAAGUAUUGUAAUGGAGGAGCUAGAGACAGCACUGGCUCAGCAAGCACCUCCCCCACCUCAAGAAGAUCCAUCUCUCUUUGAGCUCCCUCCGCUCAUCAUCGACGGCAUCCCGACGCCAGUGGAAAAAAUGACACAGGCUCAGCUGAGGGCCUUCAUUCCGCUCAUGCUCAAGUAUUCAACGGGCCGAGGGAAGCCUGGCUGGGGCAGAGAGUCUACGCGACCUCAGUGGUGGCCUCUGGAGCUGCCCUGGGCCAAUGUACGAAUGGACGCUCGCACAGAAGAGGAAAAACAGAAGAUCAGCUGGACCCAUGCACUACGCAAGAUCGUUAUCAAUUGCUACAAAUACCAUGGGAGGGAGGACCUACUGCCGGCGUUCUCGGAGGAAGAUGAGAAAGCCAAUAUUUUGGCCACGUCCAAUGCCACAACAACGACAUCAUCCAAUGUGGGGGUGUUGAAAUUUCACAAUGGGGGAACUGUGACGUCGGCAAGCAAUCAGCAAACUACUAAGAUUCAGAUUCAGUCGCCGACACAGACAAUAGCAAACGCACAGGUUUGCCUAGACCCGUUGGCACUAACAGAUGUGGAUUACACACAGAAUAUGCUACAGACCAUCACAAAUGCGGAUGGAUCCCUGUCAAUAAUCCACGUGGAUCCUAACAAUUCAAUAAUCACACUUCCAGACGGAACUACUGCACAAGUUCAAGGAGUUGCGCUGACAACCCAAGGUGAGGGCACCACCGUUCACACGGUACAGGGCAUCGAGGGCAACGGCCAGACAGAGAAUAUGACAGUGGACUUGACUGAAGCUGGUUUGGGUCAGGAGAACCAGCUAAUCAUCACAGGCGAAGACGGACAAGGCUACCCAGUGUCCGUUAGCGGAAUGAUCACCGUCCCCGUGUCCUCCAUGUACCAGAUGGUGGCCAACAUCCAGCAUCUACAUCAAAAUGGCGACGGCACCGUCUGCCUCACGCCCAUUCAGGUUGAAAAUGGCGAAGGCAUGGAAACCAUCACCGUGAGUCCAGGAAUGCAUCAGAUGCUGCAGAUCCAGGGAGCUCCGGGUACAGAACCCCAAGUGCUCCAAGUGCUGAGUCUCAAGGACGCCACGGUCCUGACAAAGGCCAUGGCCGCAAUAACAGAAGUGAAAGGUGAUGACUCGGAGGAGAAACUCUUCACCAUCAAGUAGAUUAAUUUUUUUUGAGAGAGGAUUUUGUGUGUAAGUAGAUCAAGGAUAUAAUGCCGCAGUUUCCCAACUUUAUCCCUCUUUUCUGUUCCCCUAUUUUUCUGGCCAAUCAAUUUUAACAAUUUCUCAGAAGAAAAAAGACCGUCAAGGCAUUUUUUGAUUACAAAACGUGUUAAAUUUGAUGUACCUGAAAGACUAUUGCUUUUCUUUCCCCAACUUUCUGUGAAAAUCGUUCUGGAAAGUGUCUGAAAACGGUUUUAUUCAAAUAUUUUGAUUUAUUUAUUUAUUGUUAUUUUUUAAUUUAUUUCUUUUGUGAUAUUUCUAAAUUAGCAAUCUUUAGUUUAUGUAUUUAAUAUUUAUUUAUUUAUAUUUUUACUUUAUUUAAAAAAAAAAACGGCAAUUUUUCAGACACUUUCACAACAUUUCUGAAAAUAUUCUUGAUACGGAAAUUUUUAAAUUAAAGGAAAAGGUAAAAGAAUCGUUAAUGAAGAAUAAAGCAGUGAAAUAUACGAUAAACAAUCCAGAAAUGUAUCGUAGGUUUAUAAGAAAAUUGAUAUUUUAAUUUUUAGUGCAAUUGUCAAAGGAAAAUAUUUAUCUAAAAUCUUUCUGACAAGUCUUCAAAAAGAGGGAAAGGUCAAAAGUGAGGUUAAGAUUGAACAAAUUUUAAAGUAAUAGGUUAUCUUUCUCAAACGGACUUCCACGUUAUCCAGUUUUGGUAAUCGCCAGGAGGAGGGCCUUCCCUUCCCUAUAGCCAACAGCCGCAUUGAUUCCACUGGAUUUCCAGCAGACUUUUCUGCCAUGUCUGCUGAUUUUACCGCUAAAAAUCCGCGUGGAAUUCUCUGGAUUUUACCGCUCAAAAUCCGCGUAAGUUUCCGAGAUGGAAUUUCACGCUAAAUUUCUUCCUAGCGUUCCAUGGACAUUUGCGGAACUCUGUAUAGGAUCGUCUCUGACGAACAUUUCCACGGCUUUUCCUAUGGAUUAUUAGCGUAUAAUCGGCAGGCAGCCCUUUCAAAAUUUCGAAAAAUCCUCUUUAUUUCCACGAAAUUCUCCGUGGAAAUUUCCAUGCAACGGCCUUAGAGGCUUCCGUGGUUUAAUAUUACGGAAUUCCACGACUUUUCCAGUGGAUUUUUUAAAUAUAUUUUUCUUCAAAAUAAUUCCAAAAAUUGAUUAAAAAUUUCGUGGAACUUUCAUAGAGAAUUUCUAGAAAAAAACAUCCACAAAUAUGGACAAUCAGUACCAAUUGGCAGCUUAGAACUUGGAUAGUGUUCAUCUAUCAGACGAACACUCAAUUGUUUUACUUUUGAAUUGAAAAUAUUGCUACCAUAUCGUUCAUUUGAGUAUAUCUAACUCGCAAGAAAUAUAGCGUUAGGGCGAAAAAUAAUUGCAGAAUUUUUGCGCUUACUUCCAUGGAGUCUUGGUCGGAAAGAUAUCAGAAAAUAUACUCGGAAUAUUCAAAGGAAAUUUUGAAUAAAUUUCCAGAGAAUGCUCUCAGAUAUGUUGCAAGAAAAUUCCUCGGACUUUUUUUCCAGGAAAUCCACGCGAAAGGAAGCUGAUAACUCCGCAGAAUUCCAAGCGGAAUAUUAGCGUUUAUUUCCACGGAAACUCUCGCGGAAAAAUAGAAGAUAAAUUCCAGGGGAUUUUCUGUUACUGUGAAAUUUUGCGGCCGAUCGGCUACAGGGGCAGAAACGUCAAAAUUCUGUCAAACAUGCAAUUUUUUGACGGAAAUUGCUCCCGAAAAUUGUUCAUCUAUCAGACGAACACUCAAUUGUUUUACUUUUGAAUUGAAAAUAUUGCUACCAUAUCGUUCAUUUGAGUAUAUCUAACUCGCAAGAAAUAUAGCGUUAGGGCGAAAAAUAAUUUCAGAAUUUUCGCGCUUACUUCCAUGGAGUCUUGGUCGGAAAGAUAUCAGAAAAUAUACUCGGAAUAUUCAAAGGAAAUUUUGAAUCAAUUUCCAGAGAAUGCUCUCAGAUAUGUUGCAAGAAAAUUCCUCGGACUUUUUUUCCAGGAAAUCCACGCGAAAGGAAGCUGAUAACUCCGCAGAAUUCCAAGCGGAAUAUUAGCGUUUAUUUCCACGGAAACUCUCGCGGAAAAAUAGAAGAUAAAUUCCAGGGGAUUUUCUGUUACUGUGAAAUUUUGCGGCCGAUCGGCUACAGGGGCAGAAACGUCAAAAUUCUGUCAAACAUGCAAUUUUUUGACGGAAAUUGCUCCCGAAAAUUGUUCAUCUAUCAGACGAACACUCAAUUGUUUUACUUUUGAAUUGAAAAUAUUGCUACCAUAUCGUUCAUUUGAGUAUAUCUAACUCGCAAGAAAUAUAGCGUUAGGGCGAAAAAUAAUUUCAGAAUUUUCGCGCUUACUUCCAUGGAGUCUUGGUCGGAAAGAUAUCAGAAAAUAUACUCGGAAUAUUCAAAGGAAAUUUUGAAUCAAUUUCCAGAGAAUGCUCUCAGAUAUGUUGCAAGAAAAUUCCUCGGACUUUUUUUUUCAGGAAAUCCACGCGAAAGGAAGCUGAUAACUCCGCAGAAUUCUAAGCGGAAUAUUAGCGUUUAUUUCCACGGAAACUCUCGCGGAAAAAUAGAAGAUAAAUUCCUGGGGAUUUUCUGUUACUGUGAAAUUUUGCGGCCGAUCGGCUACAGGGGCAGAAACGUCAAAAUUCUGUCAAACAUGCAAUUUUUUGACGGAAAUUGCUCCCGAAAAUUGUUCAUCUAUCAGACGAACACUCAAUUGUUCUACUUUUCAAUUGAAAAUAUUGCUACCAUAUCGUUCAUUUGAGUAUGUCUAGCUCGCAAAGCGUUAGGGCGAAAAAUAAUUUCAGAAUUUUCGCGCUUACUUCCAUGGAGUCUUGGUCGGAAAGAUAUCAGAAAAUAUACUCGGAAUAUUCAAAGGAAAUUUUGAAUCAAUUUCCAGAGAAUGCUCUCAGAUAUGUUGCAAGAAAAUUCCUCGGAUUUUUUUCCAGGAAAUCCACGCGAAAGGAAGCUGAUAACUCCGCAGAAUUCUAAGCGGAAUAUUAGCGUUUAUUUCCACGGAAACUCUCGCGGAAAAAUAGAAGAUAAAUUCCAGGGAAUUUUAUGUUACUGUGAAAUUUUGGCUACAGGGACUAUAGGUAGAAACGUCAAAAUUCCGUCAAACAUGCAAUUUUUUGACGAAAAUUGGUCCAAAUACAGGCCUUUAGAUCCGAGAAAGCCAUAAAGAAUCUCAGUUAAAAAGCUGAAGUCCAGUAAUUGUACAAGACUUUUCUCCCAUAAAAAAUUGGCCAAACUUAACCUAACUUUUGCCUUGAAACUCUUAGAAAAAGACACGACCUAAGGCUUAUAAAAAAAACAUUCCCAAAAAAAACCAGAAAUUUUUUCUAGUCAACUUCUUGAACUUGUAAUUAAAAGAAUUUAAAGAUAAAAAGAAUUUAAAAAAAGAUUGUGAGUAAAAACCUAUGACAAAUGAGUGUUUUAAAGAAAAUAUUUAUUUAAAAAAAAAAAUAAAGAAAAAACCCAUUGUAAUUAAAGUAAAAUUAAGUAAAUUCAAUUUUGAGAAAAAGUAUUGCUGGAAAAUUGAGACAAUUGAAGAGUUUUUGACAGAAGUAGACAUAAUACCAAGUAGAAAAAACUCAAAAAAAAAAUUACUGUAAAAAAUACAUAGAAGACAUUAGGUGUAUUUUAUUCCCCCAUUUUAUUACCGUGUAAUUUAAACUACAUGUAAGUGUAAAGAGAAUUUUCCUUCAGAUUUACAAAAAAAAAACAGUUGUAACUAGAGUUGGUAAAUUUUAAGAAAUUUCAUGAAUUUCCGCCUAAAGUAGAUUGCGACUGCUGUGAAAUUUCUGAAAUUUUACCAUCUCUAGUUGUAACAAGGGGAAAAUAUCUGCAUUUUUGACUUUUACUUGUAAAAUGUAAAACCCAUAGAGAACUUCCCUUGAGAUUUUUGGGGGGUUUUUUUAGGACAAGGAACAAUGGAAAAAAAUUAUGCUUUUCAGUGUAGAAGUCUCAACAAUUACAGAAUUUUUCUUCAAUAAAAA